CCGAAGAAGAAAAAGCCCUUCUUUUUUCUAGGUGCUAAGUGAGGAAAGUGUGGACCCAGUGAGGACAACAUCAAACGAUAUUUGUGAAAUAUUCGAAGUACUGGGAAUUGAAGCUGUUCGUAAGGCUAUUGAACGUGAAAUGAAUCACGUGAUUUCCUUCGACGGCUCAUACGUGAACUACAGGCAUCUGGCAUUGCUAUGUGAUGUGAUGACAGCCAAAGGACAUUUAAUGGCAAUCACACGACACGGUAUCAACAGGCAGGAAGUUGGUGCUCUGAUGCGCUGCUCGUUUGAGGAAACCGUCGAUAUACUGAUGGAAGCAGCUGUGCACGCUGAGCAAGAUCCCGUAAAAGGUGUUUCGGAAAACAUUAUGCUAGGGCAAUUGGCUCGAGCCGGAACUGGGUGCUUUGAUUUGGUGCUAGAUGCGGACAAAUGCAAAUUGGCGAUGGAAAUACAGACAGGUGGUGGAUUGCUCGGUGCGGGUGGCCUAUUUUACGGUGGUGCAAUGUCUCCUGCCAGGUAG